GCUCAGGCUAUCUACGGAUGGCCAGUAUGACCUCAUGUAACGUUGUGGUGAUGAUUUGCGACACAAUAUGGAUUCCUGAGCAUGUCGCCGGCAGAAAAGAAAGGAGUCAGUCAAGCAGUCAUCGGUUUGAUAUUUGGAUGCUAUGCUUUCUGCACUUUGGUUGGAUCGUUAAUACUGGGCAAAUAUAUUGUCCAAAUUGGGGCCAAGUUUAUGGUAACUGCAGGCUUGUUCGUUUCAGGAGGAUGCACUGUAGUCUUUGGCUUCCUUGACAGAGCUCCUGAAGGAACAGUUUUCAUAGUGCUCUGUUUUGUUGUAAGGUCUAUGAAUGCAGUGGGCUUUGCUGCUGCUGUAACAUCAUCUUUUGCCAUAUCAGCAAAGGUUUUUCCCCACAAUAUUGCGACUAUUCUGGGCUUUAUGGAGAUAUUUACAGGAAUUGGACUCAUACUGGGACCACCACUGGGUGGAUGGAUGUAUCAGUCAUUUGGAUAUGAAAUUCCAUUUAUUGUUUUGGGAUGUCUUCUGUUUUUGACCGUUCCCUUAAACAUGUGGAUUUUACCCAGCUUUGAUGCGGUUGCAUCGCAGGCCUCUUUCUUCAGGCUGUGUACCCGAGUAAAGAUCAUGCUUGUUUGCUUUGUGGUGUUCACUCUCAGCUCAGGAAUUGGCUUCCUGGAUGCAACACUGUCAUUAUUUGCCAUGGAGAAGUUUAGCAUGAGCACUGGAUCAGUGGGUCUCCUCAUGAUCGGGGUGUCAUUACCUUAUGGUGCUGCGUCCCCUGUUUUUGGAAUAAUCAGUGAUAAGUAUCCAUUUAUAAGGAGGUGGAUGAUGGUGUCGGGAGGAAUGGCCUCCGCAGUUAGCUUUUGUUUACUUGGCCCUGUUCCUGUUUUGCAUAUUAAGAGUCAGCUUUGGCUUACUGUCGUCAUGCUGGUGGUCAUCGGCUUUUCUCUGUGUAUGACUUGCAUCCCCACCUUCGCUGAGAUGCUGAUAUGUGCUCAUGAAAAUGACUUUGAGGAGGGUUUAAGCACGCUGGGUUUGGUAUCUGGGCUCUUCUCAGCUGUGUGGUCUGCUGGGAUGUUCUUUGGGCCCACUGUUGGUGGAUACAUCACACAAAAACUGAAUUUUGAAUGGAGUGCAGGAGUUCAGGGAGCACUCGCUUUUCUUGCUGCAUUUCUACAAAUAAUAUAUUUCACCAAUGAAGAAAUACAGGAGAGAAGGCUACGGCAGAGCAUUCGAACUGAAUCCACACUGUAUACAGAAGAAAAAUCCCCUCUUCUGUCUUCUGCUCAUCAUUUAUAGGUACUGAAAUAUGAUAUGCCAGUGCAUUGCUACUUUGUACCACUAUCAGAAACGGGGAAAAGUCCCAUGCCAACCAAUUUUUUUCUUAAGAAUACAGAGAACACAAAUUUGCUAUUUUUUACUCCGUGUUAUGGCCAUUUACAAGACAAUGGUGCUGUUCAGUAAAACCUCAUUGGAGUCAAAGCUCACUGAAGUGUCAGUAAAUCAAAAGAUAUGUUUAUUUACUGUACAUGCAAUUUGUUAGUGUUUGCACUCAAGCUAGCCUGUGCCUUAAAUUAAUUAGCGAAGCACAAGGUUAUUGGAAUUAAAUCGGUAUCAGCAGAUAAUUGUUUGGAAAAAAUAUCAGUGUGGAACAGAUGUUUUUGAUUUCACCAAUAUUUCAAACAGAUAUUUGAUUACACAUGUAUUAUACUCUGGGAGAGCAGAAUGUUUAGGCAACGCUGGAUUACUGUGCAUUGGGCCCAAAAUUCUAAAAUGAAUUGACCUUUAUAAGACAUAAGAAGCACAGGCUGUAAAUGAGAAACACAUUUUUUUUCUGUGUACCCCUCUCGCUCCACAGAGACAGUGUAGAACUUGUUAGUAUUUCUAUACGUAUAGAGUUUAUGAAAAUGUGUGUACACUCUUAAAGAUGCUACAAAGGUUGUUUUUUUUUUUUUUUGAGCAAUGCAAUAGAAGAAGCACUUUAGGUUCCCUAAAAGUUAAUGUUUGAAAACGAGAAUUGUGUGAAUAAUCUUUUAAAAGGUUUUUUAAAAACCUUGAUAUAAAGCUUAUAUACAAACUUAAAAGUUUUUCCUAGAUCCUUUACAUUAUACGGAAGGUCUUUUAAACUAAGGUUCUUCUCACGUCUCAUUUGCAAAUAUCUGCCUCCUUUUAGAACAUAAGUUGUAGUGAUGAUGUAUAAUGUUUUAAAAACAUGCUUAACGUUUCAGAUGUUCUGAACACUCCUAUUUGGUUACAUUUUUCUUGAAAGAUCCUUUGAUCUUCAUUUAUUAUUGUUCACCAGGGAAAUAUCUCUGAAUGUCAUGUUAUUUUAAAAGGAAUGCUGGAAAACAUGUUUAUAACGGUUGUAGUAAAAUAAAUAUUUUACCAAAAGUGGUGCCGUCACAUCUUAACCACUAUUGUAAAUUGCUCUGUGUUUUUGUAGACAACGUGUCUACAUAGAUGUUCAUGUAACUAACGGUGCAACACAGUGAUCAGAAAUAUAUAAUGUAAGAAUCAGACGCUGAAGAUGGUGCUUUUGU